AUGGAUGUCUUCGACAACAUCAAGGAUCGCAUCCAUGGCCCACUCGGAGACUUUGAGCCAUGUGCUAGCGAAGAUAUUCAAACUGCGGCAAAGACGAGAGCAUUUCAUUUUCUCCGGGCAUCACCUUUUGUUCUGCCGGAUCGCUUUCUAUCGUGGUUCGCAAAUGUCUGCGCAGUAGAAUCCGAGCCCUCCCAAAGCUUGUGGCACAUGAAUGUUACCAGUGGCGGAGCGCAUAUCUUCCUGAUACCUUCGAAAACGCUUCGCUCCGGCAAAGAGAUCUGGGGAGAUGUCCGGGCUAUUGGAAACUUUUCUCAAGAUGACUCUACUGGCUACCGAGACGGACUGCUGGAUCUCUCGCUUCUUGCACGCCAAGUAUUUAUCAGCCAACCGCUUCGGCUUUUCUUGUACGGCUUCUACGUUCGCGAAUCACACCUAGAGCUAUGGAUGUUCGACAGAUCUGGUAUAUGGUGCUGUCAAGCAUUCAACAUCCAGCACGAGCCAGAGCGGUUCCUUUCUCUCAUUUUCAGCUACCAACUGAUGUCAGACCAGGACUUGGGGCGAAGCAAAAUCAUCCAAAACGACGAAAAUGGGAAUUUUGUCAUAUUGGAUGAAAUCUCCCAGUCAUCAAUACGAAAGUUGUACCUUGACGAUCAAACUAUUGCGUCCUCAGAGGACAUGGUUGGCCAAGGAACGACUUGCUAUCGUUCUAGGUUAGCGGACUCGGGUAUAUGGGACUACGUGGUCAAGUUCUCCUGGCGGGCGAGUACUAAACGACCGGAGGAAGAGAUUUUCAAGUUUGCGAUGGACAAGAAAGUUUGGGGUAUUCUGUCACUUCACUGCCACAAAGUUAUCAACAGUACCGCCAAUCUGCGAAGAUCUCUCAAAUUUGGGCCGUACCGCGAAUUUCUCCCCAAGUCUCGUCAGCCAGAGAAGUCGGACAGAUCGGAAACAGAUGAGAAAAAGGAACAGGACAUUGCACAGCACACCAGGGUCACUAAAACGCAGUUUGAAAACCGUGAAUUGGUCUGUAUCGUCACCUCUCCAGCUGGCCGGCGUCUUGAAUUAUUCACAACUCGACUUGAGUUGCUGCUCGCAAUGCGCGACGCCAUCCGCGCUCAUCGUUCCCUGUUGCAGGAUGCCAGAAUCCUGCACCAAGACAUUUCGCCCUGGAAUAUCAUCAUUGUCUCCCCGCGAAGCCCAGGCGAACCACAUGGCAUUCUGAUCGACCUCGACGCGUCCAUGAAUUUGGAUAUAGGACCGCGGAGCGAAGGCGAAGUAGUCGGCACUCGACCAUUCAUGUCCAUUGGCAUUCUCCACAGUCGGCGACAUACCUACCGUCACGAUCUGGAAUCUUUUCUCUACGUCUUGAUAUGGCUUCUUAUUGUGAAAGACAAGGGAAGCCCACCACCUGGAAGCAGGCUUAAGAUGUGGAAUCGAGGAACUUGGGAAGAAUCUGCAGAUGACAAGGAAUACGACAUGGCUGAAGCCAACUUUGGAAGAAUGAUCCUGUCAGAGUUUGCACCGGAGUAUGAAUCGCUCAAGCCACUUGCUGAGAAAAUGCGUAGCCUUUUGUUUCCUAUAGAAGAUGGCAAGCUAUGGACUGGAACGGAUGGUUCGGUUGCCGCUACUAAUGCGUUGUAUGAUGAGCUGAUUGGCGCAUUUGAAGAUGCCGUGCUUCGAGAGAAGGCAUUGGUAACUUGA